AAAGAAUAUAUGUGACAGUAUAGUUGGCACCUUGUUGAGUAUCGAUGGUAAAUCGAAGGAUAACUUCAAUAGUCGUCUUGACUUGCAAGCUAUGGGUAUCAGAGAUCAACUUCACCCCAUACAAAGAGGGAAUAGGGUUAUGUUGCCUGCUGCAUGCUAUUCACUAACUUCAAAUGAAAAAAAGGAAUUCUGUAAAUUUUUGAAAGAAGUAAAGGUUCCAGAUGGUUAUGCUUCUAACAUCUCUCGGUGUGUACAAGUGAAUGAAAGAAAGAUAUUUGGGUUGAAGUCUCAUGAUUGUCAUGUUCUCAUGCAACAACUCCUUCCACUUGCAAUUCGAGGAGUUCUACAUAAGAAUGUUUGUGCUGUUAUAGUUGAACUAUGUAGUUUCUUCAAACAGUUGUGUUCUAAAGUGUUAAAGACUGAUCAAUUAGAGCACCUUGAGAAUGACAUAAUAGUCACACUUUGCAAAUUAGAAAGAAUAUUUCCUCCAUCCUUCUUUGAUGUUAUGGUGCAUUUACCUAUUCAUCUUGCAAGUGAGGCAAAGAUCGCUGGACCAGUGCAAUAUCGAUGGAUGUAUCCUAUUGAGCGGUAUUUACGUACAUUAAAGUCUUAUGUCCGUAAUAAGAGUCGUCCAGAAGGUUCUAUUGCAGAGGGGUACAUAGCAGAAGAAUGUACAACCUUUUGUUCAAGAUAUUUGCAUGAUGUUGAAACGAAGCAUGACCGUGAAGAAAGAAAUUAUGUCAUUGAAAAUAACAUAACAAAUGGUGGAGGGUUAACCAUUUUCAAAUGCAUGGGACGUACAAUAGGAAAGUCAACAUCUCGUGUUCUUAGCACAGAAGAAUGGUCCCAAGCACAUUUAUAUGUGUUGACUAAUUGUGAGGAAGUGACGUCAUUUAUUGAAGAGCAUAAGCAAUCUAUAAGGGUUAGCCUCGUAUUCGUGCACGAGAUGUAG